AUGAAGAGAUUGGCUGUUGGUUCAAUGACAACUUCUGAAUACAAUGGAUGGUUUAGUAAAAGGAUCAAUGAUAACAUUCCUGGGCCGAAUUUGGAGGGCGCUCAAUCAAUAGAGGAAUGCUUGCAAGUGGUCCCAUCAGAGUUAGAGAUCAUAAGGCAGGACUUCGAAAAGAAGAAUUCUGAGCUCGGGAAGAGGAUUGAGCAGCUGGAGGAGGAAAAAAUGAAGUUGAGAUUAGAUGUGGAUGUUCAGAAGUUAGAGGCUGAGAAGUUAAGAAAAGGGAAAAAUAAGGCCGAAGAAUAUCUACAUAGUUUGAAGACAGAUUAUAAUAAGCUACAUCUAUCGAUGAGAACUGCCGAGUUGGGGAAAACUUCAGAGCAAUGGCGUCAAGAGAUUCGAGAGGAAAAGAUCAAAGCUGAUCGGUGGGAAAGAAAAUUUCAAAAGGCUGAAACGCAAAACGAGGCCCUAGAGAAAAGUUUAUCAGAAAGCCGAAAUGAACAGGGCGAAUUAAAGGCUAGAGUAGCAGAACUCAAAAAAUCUCUUCAUCAGUACCAAAAUCUUAAUUCCGCGAUGGAAUUGAAAGAAAGCUUAAACAAGAUGAAGGAAAUGAAAGGAAAAGUAGAAGAAUUAGAGGCGGCAUUACAAAACUGUGAAAUGCGGAUUGAAUUCCUUGAAGCAAGUGAAGAGCGUUGGAAAGAACAGCUUUACUAUUCUCAAAAUCAAGUCAGAAACAGAGAUUACAUUAUGGGAGAAGUUGUGGUUCAGAUUCAGGAGGUAGUCGAUCACUUGCAGACUUUAGCGGUGCAGGCAGAUAUAUUGAGUGUGAAGUAUGAGUUAGAGUCAGACCGGGGGUAG